CCCGUCCGUCGUGCGCAGGCGCGCGAACGGUUGCGGGUGUAGCGGUUGCCGGCCCCGCGGUCUCCAGGGCCCGCCUGGCCGAGGGGCGGGAGGGUGCGGAGGCCGGCCGGGCGGCUCCAACCAGCCGCGGAGCCCUCGGAAAUUGCCUGGCCGUCAACCUCCCGGAGUAGAAACCGGACCUUGCCCCCAAGAUCAUUCCCCAGGCGGCUUUCUUGGACGGCCUCUAGGAACGCCGACAUGAAUCCGGUGGUGGUAGUCCACGGAGGCGGGGCCAGCAGUAUCUCCCAGGACCGGAAAGAGCGAGUGCGCCGGGGCAUCGUCCAAGCCGCCACGGUGGGUUACAACAUCCUCAAGGAGGGAGGGAGCGCAGUCGAUGCGGUGGAAGGAGCCGUGGUCGUCCUCGAAAAUGACCCCGAGUUCAACGCAGGUUGUGGCUCUGUGUUAAAUGUAAAUGGUGAAGUCGAGAUGGAUGCUAGCAUCAUGGAUGGAAAAGAUCUGUCCACAGGAGCAGUAUCUGCAGUCCGCUGUAUAGCAAAUCCCAUUAAACUUGCGCGUCUUGUUAUGGAAAAGACACCUCAUUGCUUUCUUACUGACCAAGGUGCAGCAAAAUUUGCAGCUGCCAUGGGGAUUCCAGAGAUUCCUGGAGAGCAACUGGUAACAGAAAGAAGUAAAAAGCACCUGGAAAAAGAGAAGCUUGAAAAAGAUGUUAAAAAUUCAGACUGUGAAAAAAACUUGGGAACUGUGGGUGCUGUUGCCUUGGACUGCAAAGGAAACGUAGCCUACGCAACUUCUACAGGGGGCAUCAUUAACAAAAUGGCUGGCCGAGUGGGCGACUCACCAUGUGUAGGGUCUGGAGGUUAUGCUGACAAUCUCAUUGGAGCCAUUUCAACCACGGGGCAUGGAGAAAGCAUCCUGAAAGUGAAUCUGGCCAGACUCACUCUCUUCCACACAGAGCAAGGAAAGACAUUAGAAGAAGCUGCUGACCUGUCAUUGGGUUAUAUGAAGUCAAGGCUUAAAGGUUUAGGUGGUGUCAUCUUGGUCAGCAAAACAGGAGACUGGGCAGUAAAGUGGACCUCGGCAUCCAUGCCCUGGGCAGCCGCGAAGGAUGGCAAGCUGCACUCUGGAAUUGAUGUGGACGAAACAACUACCACCAACCUGCCCUAAGCCCAUGGGAGAUUGUAUACUAGGAUGCUAGCUUGGAGGUAAAACAGUCUCCUGUUGCAGAGACUCGGCUUAAUCAAUUAGAUCUAAAAAUGGAAAAACAUCUGUCACUCGUUUUGUUGCUUUGAUCAGUAAGCAUCUAUCUGAAUGAUUGACUGAGGAGUGGGUUUUGAUGUGGUGAGACAACUGCCUGUAUUGAGAUCAAAAUAAGACCAGUGAAAAUGAUAAACUCUAGUGAGCCUUUCUCUUGAACAGUUCUCAUUGGGUUAGGUCAGAAAGAAGAAAUAACACGAUCUUGACUUGACAGAAACUGCCUCAGUUCAGGGGGUGCAUUUUAGCUUCAGGAGACCCGGAGCAGUGACAGAAUAUGUGGGCUUGAAAGAUGCAGGGAUCCAGCAGAGACCCAUGCUCCCUGGGGCUCUCGGUUGCAGACUUUCUAAAGGACCAGUGAAGGGGGCAGGGUGGGAAGGAAAGGUUAUGGUGGAGGUUUCUGAAAGCAAGACAGGAGCAGCCGCAGAAGAGCUGAUGGGAGAAGCCCAGGUGACCCUCACAGUGUCACAGGGUUCAUUUUGAGUCAGUAAAACAAGCAGCAUAAGCAUCAGGUAAAAUCAUGAAAAUCCUUUACAGGAGAUGUUCCCCAUUUAUGAGAGAGUAAACUGAUUUUUCUAAAAAAGUUCAAAUCUUUUCUAACUAAUGUAGACAUGUUUCCAGAGGCUUGGAAAACACUCUCUGGUAACCCAGAGCUCCCUGAUCUGGAGACAUAAAGGUCCUAGUGGAGACCGGCAGGCACUGUAGGGUUUCUGGAAGUCUGAGGGUUUUCUGCUCACCUUGACCACACGGUGCCCUCCCACUGGCCAGCAUGCCUGAGUGGAGCCAGCUCCCACCUGUCACAGACCCUCUGUGUCCUCGUGUAGUGAGUAGCCAGGCCCGAGACCUCCCCAGCCUCUAACGACAGGGAGGGGCCAGUGGAUGAGAUGACACUGGGACUUGUGUUUGCACACUGCCCCUUAGUUCAGGAUUUCCCCUCCCACUGAUUUGGGUGUGUGUACAAUGUGGUCAGCAUGGUAAAGAAAGUAAUUUCCUAAGUGGAGAAUAUUCCUAUUCUCUCUUUACACUGGAAAUGCUAUUUCUACUGUGACAUAUCUGCUCGAUUUUUUAGUCUGUCAGAGCUAACCUUCACUCUGGAAAAAAUUGCUUAACUUUAAAUUCCACGUGCCACUAAUAAAAUAUAUUUUGAAAGAA